UUACCCUUUCCCUUUCCCUUUUCUAUCAAAAUAAAUCCAAAAAUAAAAAUAAUAAAAAACCACGCGCCCUUACGCGCUCUCUCCACACUCCCCUUCCCUUUCUUUCUUUACUUUCUCUCUAAUGAAUAGUCUGAGAACACUACAUUAGAAAAACCGCCUUCCCCUCUUCAUUCCCUGCCUGUCGUUUUUUGUUUAUAUCAAAAUAGAAACAGUAAUAAAAAGAAGAAGAAGAAAAGAAAAACCUCUCCUUUCUCUAUAUCUCUCUCUCUCUUUCCUUUCUCUCUCUACGAUGGAUUUUGCUUAGAAAUUGGUUAUGAACCAAAUCUGGAGUAACCCAUUUCAUUGUUCGUUACUGUUUGAAGGAAAAAAUAUAAAAUUUUACAUAUUGCCUCCAUUUCAUGUUUAAAUACUUCCUUUAAGAAGGGUUACUCUUAUAUUUCACUGCCGAGAAGCUGUUUUUUUCUUCCUGUCUGAACCGAGUUUUCUUUUCUCAGUUUCUUUCGAUUUCUGUUAAAUCUUGAAACUUUGUCUGAAUCUAACAACACCCAUUUGUUCAGUUACCCCGGAACCAUCUCUAUUACAGAAAUUUUGUUUUGGCUGCUCUUAAUUAUGGACGGAGAGACUUCUUGGAUCAGCCAUUACAUUGAUGACAUGUCUAAAGACAUCGGUGACUUUGAUUCAUUCUCAGAGCUUAGUGACGAAGGUAAUAAAGAAGCAACUACCAUUUCUGUGGACUUAAUCCUACCUGAUGACUUGUUGGAGCGAAUCUUGGCUUAUCUCCCCAUUGCUAGCAUUUUCAGAGCUGGUUCUGUUUGUAAAAGAUGGCAUGAGAUUGUCAGUUCCAAAAGAUUCUUAUGGAACUUUUCGCAUGUCCUUUCACAAAAGCCUUGGUAUUUUAUGUUUACUAGUUCUGAUGAACCAGUUGGUUACGCCUAUGAUCCGAUCCUUCGAAAGUGGUACAGCAUUGAGCUGCCCUGCAUUCAGACGCCCAACUGGUUCAUUGCUUCAUCAUGUGGCUUGGUUUGUUUUAUGGACAAUGACAGUAGAAGUGAGUUGCAUAUCUGUAACCCAAUCACAAAAAAUUGCAAGAAGCUUGAGGAGCCCCCUGGUCUGAAAUUCUCUGAUUAUAGUGCAUUAGCAAUCGCAGUUAACAGGACAUCACACAAUUAUACUGUAUCCAUUGUGAAGUCUAAACAAGUUCCUGGAAAUUUUUUCCAAUGGGACCUUUCAAUUCAUAUUUAUGAUUCGACAAUGAUGUGGGCAACCUCCUUGACUGAGGUUUUGACAGGAUGGAGAGGUGGAGAUGAAAGUGUGAUCUGUGAUGGGGUUUUAUACUUUCUCAUUUACUCAACUGGGGGUGGUGCACCAGAAAAUCGGCACGGCCUAGUUACAUAUAAUCUCUCUAGCCGAGCAUCCCCAUUGAUAAGGAGUUUCAUUCCAGUACCUGGCCCCCUUACCUGUGGCCGUCUGAUGAACCUAAAGGAAAAGCUGGUAAUGGUGGGAGGAAUUGGGAAGCAGGAUCGGCCUGACAUAAUAAAGGGCAUUGGUAUCUGGGUUCUUAAUGGGAGGAAUUGGGUUGAAGUUGCUCGCAUGCCCCAUAAGUUUUUCCAGGGAUUCGGUGAGUUGGAUGAUGUUUUUGCUAGUAGUGGUACUGAUAAUCUCAUAUAUAUCCAGAGCUAUGGUGCUCCAGCUCUCUUUUUUGACAUGAACCAGAAACUAUGGAAAUGGUCGCUGAAGUGUCCAGUAUCAAAGAAAUUCCCUCUUCAGCUGUUCACUGGUUUUUGCUUUGAACCAAGACUUGAAAUUGCUCCAUAAUUUAUUUCUGAUUGGAUUUGAGGGUGUUAUUGACCAAUUCGUCCCAAAUUCCCACAUUUCCUUUUUUUUUUUCUUUGUUUUGCCUUUUAUUUUCAGUUACUAUGAUAUCUCUGUUCCAUGAAAGAGAAAAAAAAGUUUACACAGAAUGUACCAGCAGGUAAAGCUACUUAUUUAUGACAAUGGAAAAUAUUAAUUCUUUUGCAUUGGCA